AAGUUUCCUGACUUCUUACUAGUAUAUCUACUGCUGACUGCGAAAAGCUUCCGCGCCUUUUGACCCGCCCUCACUUUGCUUUUUCCCAUCGUUGUACCGCCAAGCUCACCGCUGUACAACCUCAGCAGUUUCCCAAGAACGCGACGUGCUACUACACCAUCAGUGGGGCUAUCAUCACAUCGUCAUCGCCAUGUCUACCCAACCGCUCCUUCAGACCGCGCCAGGCAAGCGCAUCGCCCUCCCAACCCGCGUCGAACCGAAAGUCUUCUUCGCCAACGAGCGCACCUUCCUCUCAUGGCUCAACUUCACCGUCAUUCUCGGCGGCCUCGCUAUCGGUCUCCUUAACUUUGGCGACAAAAUCGGAAAGAUCUCCGCUGGUCUCUUCACCCUCGUUGCUAUGAUGGCUAUGAUCUACGCCUUGUUUACCUUCCACUGGCGCGCGCGGAGCAUACGGAUGAGGGGCCAGGGCGGCUUCGACGACAGGCUGGGUCCCACCAUUCUUACCAUUGCCCUCUUCGCUGCUGUCAUUGUCAACUUUGCCCUGAGGAUGACCAUGGGAAGCGAUGAGCAUGCCAAGAACUAAGUUGGGUACGAGAGAUCUGACAACGGCGGUGUCGAGAUGAUGGAUGGAUGCGCAGCGGUCGAGACAUGCGCGUUGAGUACUGUUGAACGGGUAGAGGGAAAAUAUAGGCAUGCGCUGUGAAAAAUGGUGUGUUUUGUAAGACCUUUUCGAUGGGUUGGUAGGGCGUUACGGUUGCUUCAGGGGAAUAUGUUGGCACAUGCACAUUACUGUACGACUACGUAUCAAUAUGGCUGAAUGCAAUAGUGUUUUUUUCA